UAAGGCAAAACUAUUUUAAGAUAAUUUUGUCUUAUUUUGGACAUAUUCCUGAAUCUGCAAGAAAUUUGAGUAGAUACAUUAAGUUCUGUGUAACCUGAUAUUUGCUUGGUUAAGUGGUUUUAGUCUAGAUUCUAAUCUGGCCGUUUUCAGCAGUGGCUUCUGGGAACCAGAGUGAAUUCUGUCUCCCACCCACAUUUUAUGAAACACCUGAUCUGGUAAACACUCCUGCACUGCAUCAGACCAAUUCACCUGCUCGACUUUCUUUGAAGACUCAUUGGGCAGGGGACCGACCACAUAAUCUGGAGAAUAAACCCUAAACAUUGGAGACGGUAAACAUUGCUGGAUGAGAAAUCUAGAAGGAAACCCACCUGCAGAGGCCUAAAAAUGAAGAUCAGAGUGGUCCAAAUCUGGGGAUUUUUAAUGACCGUGUUAGGCUGGAUCUUUGUGGCCUGCACCAUGGCUAUGGAGGGCUGGAAGAUAGCCUCAGUUGGUGGUAUGGGUGGUUCGUCCAUCAUCAAAGUGGCAUGGCACUGGUCCAGCUUAUGGAGAAAAUGCUUCACUGAUUCAACUGCCGUCAGUAAUUGCUAUGAUUUCCCUGUGCUGUGGUCUGUGGACGGGUACGUUCAAAUAGUGCGAGGCCUACUGAUGGGAGCCCUUUCUCUGGGUAUGCUGGGGUUCAUACUCAGCCUGCUGGGUAUGGAAUGCACCCAUAUUGGGGGUAAAGACCCUUCAAAGUACAAGAAGAUCUUUACGGGUGGAUUGUGCCACAUCAUCAGUGGUGCAUUGUCCACAUGUGGGUAUGCCGUGUAUUCAGAGUACGUCAUGAUCGAAAACAUCGAUGUUCAGCUGAUUGGACUCGAGUAUGGCCUUGGCACUCCGAUGUUCCUUGGCUGGGUGGGCUCAGCCUUUCACAUGACUGGUGGUUUUUUCUAUCUGUGGUCCGUAUGCACGCCGCUCUGUGGAAGAGGAGAAAGGGUAAUUAAGAUAAAACCACAGCCAGACCUGGAGAAAAACAAGCCCACCACAGCUUCUUCUGCCGUAUCAGAGGUCACCUCCAAUACCAAACUGUCGUCCAUCUCUAAGCUUUCAUCCCGGUCCGAGCGUUCGGAUGUAUCCUCCUUGGCUUCCAAAUCGACACACACAUCCAAAUCUGGGCGUACGGCCAUGUCGGGACGGACCCCAAGAUCAAAUGGAAACUCCGAAUAUGGUUCGGGAUCCAGAACAGGAUCUGAGUUUCAGUCAGGCCUGUCCUCAGAGUCCAGCCUGUCUACACUGUCGGAAUCAAGGAGCAGCAGUCGGAGCAGCGGCAGCAGUCGGAGCAGCGGCAGCAGUCGGAGCAGCGGAAGCAGUCAAAGAAGCAGCCACAGCAGUCGAAGCAGCCGCACAGUGUCCUCUCUGUCUGGCAGUUUGAGAAGCGGAAAUACACCGUUUGUCAAAAACUCCUACAUUUGAUCAGAUAAAUUAAAAUGUCGAAUGUCAAAAUUACUACAUAAACAACUCUGCAAAUGUUUCUGACAUAAAGAAAAUUCUGAUUAAGUUACCAGAUGCAAGCUAACUGAAUCAUUAGCUUAUGAAUGUUAGCCAUUUUAUGUUAAGCAGAUUUGAGUUUUAUUUUAACGCUGCACUCCAAAAAUUGUUUGGCCUUCCCUUGACUUUUUAAUGGUAUGUUCCCUUUAAAUACUGACACAUUAUUGAUCUUUCAGUCACGAAUACAAUAAAAAUGCCUCUUGAUGUCACAAAUCCAACUGUGUAAGUUAGUAUGUUCCUACAAUCAGUGUCCAAUAUGGCUGCCGCACA